AUGACCCUCCUUCGUGUCGUAGAACCUCCCGGCAAGGUUACUCCCUACGUGGUUCCAGCUUACCAGGGUGAGGCCCUUACCAUUCCCGGCACGAAGUCAACAGUCCGGGUUUUGGCGUCGGCCAAAGAGAGUAGAAAUUCAAUUUCAGUCUUCCAUUUUGAUGGUGUCCUGGGUGACCCCAUCGGCUUCCACCAUCACAAUGAAGCCCAUGACAUCUUCAUGUGUACCAGAGGUUAUAUCAAAAUAUGGGUCGGAGAUCAGUGUCGGCUCUUGGGGCCGGGGGAUUUUUGCUCGGUUCCUCCAAAAGUCAUCCAUCGACCCCAGCUAGUGGGCCCAUGGAACGAGAGUCUCGGACUUGUCACUCCCGGAAAAUGGGUAGACUUCUUCCGCUUCGCUUCGGAGAAAUACCACGGUCUCUUGACAGAGGAAUUCGAUAGCCGGGAUACUCUGCAGCACAUGUUUCCUAAAUUUCAAGUCAUUCAAGACGAGUACGAUGUGAUAUUCGACCCCGAUUAUCCAAUCUGCGAAGUCGGAGAGUGGACGGAAAAUGAUACCACGAUCCCGCAUGGUGUUGAGCCCUACUAUCUACGUGCGGAUACUGGGCCUAGAUAUCUGCUGGGUGGUGUUAAGCAUCCUUCGGUCAUCGGAAAGUCAUUUACCUUCCAGAAGGUGCACCAAGUCUAUCAUGUGUUGGAUGGCGCUAUCGACGUGACCAUCGAUGAAACUGCGAAUCAGGUUCGAGCAGGCGAGACGGUGUUGAUUCCUGCUGGUACUGAGCUUAGUAUUCAUUUCCUCGAUAAUUAUGUCCGCUUCUGGUCAUUCACUAGCGGGGAUGGUCUGGAAUCAUUUGUUCGUCUUGGUGGUCGCGAUUAUAAAGGAAAGAUUAUUCCAGACAUGGCAGAUGCGGUGGACAACGCGAAGGUGCUGAGGGCAGCUGAGAGCAUCAACAUGAAAAUUUUUUAG